GUGUGACGUCUAAUCUGCUCGACCAAAAAACGGCAUGGCUUCCAUUUGACAGGAAAGUACCUCAUGUUUCAGCCCUGCCACCAUUAUUCAACAUUAUAACGAUACGAGCAUGGAUGUAACCGAGGCAAACGGCGAAAGUUUCGGAGUAGAGGUUGUUCUACAAGAGGGCAAUAAAACAGCGCCGUGUUGUCCGCAUGGUGAGUUUAUAAAUAAUAGGAAACACAAACUCCAGUCAGAUGUCGUAUCCAAAUAGCGUUAAUUGACAUAUUUUUGUCAUACUACGACUCAUACGGUAUAUAAUCUGACUUAUUCUUAAUAAGUGUUAUCUUUUAAUGAAUUCGGCAUAGGUUUAAAUAGUUGUAGCCGGAUUUGUCGAGUCAAAAUCGUGGAAAUGAUCCUUUAUUUUGCUAUCUUUGUUUUUAUCAGGAAACGUACAAGGAUAUAAACGUUAUUUUGGAUGGGGUUUGGCUUUUAUCUCAGGUUCUAACCCUCUAAAUUAACCAAAUGUCUCGUUGUUUUUCCAGGGCCAACCCUGCUGUUUGAGAAAGUCAGUAAAGAAGGUGAGACUGGCAGGAGGUUUUACGCCUGUUCAGCCUGCAGAGAUCGAAAAGACUGCAAGUUUUUCCAGUGGGAGGAUGACAAAGUAGGCUUGUAAAAGUGAAAACAGUCACUGUAAGUAAUAAGCCUGAUGCUUGAUCUUUAUUGACCUCCUUGCAUGUUUCCUACAGGUGUCUGAAGCCAGGCUUUUGGCCAGAGAAGCAGAGAAUAAGUCAAAGAGACCUCCGUACACUCAGAAGGAGUACUGCAGCAGGUAAGAGGUCUACAGCAACCUGUUGUUGUCUCUCCUGAAUAUUAAGCUCAAAGUUGCUUUCAUGGAUUAUACUGCCACAUAUAAAAAGUUUGUGUUUUGUUCCUCAGGUUCAGAAAGUUCGACUCCCUCAGUGUGGUUGAGAAGAAGUUCUGUCAGGAUUGUCAGAUUUUGCUUCUGCCAUCAGAGCACCAGGCUCACUCCUCACAUAGAAUCACAGGGGUCUCCGCGGGUCAGCUGAGGAGGCCCAGUGUGCUGCUGCGUCCUCUGGAAAACAAGAAGAGUAACGCCCAGUACCUGUUCACCGACCGCAGCGCUCACUUCCUGCUGGACACACUGGCUGCUCUGGGCUUCAAGAAGGUGCUGUGUGUGGGGACACCAAGGUUAGUCUGACGAAUUAAAGUUUGUUUUCUUAUUUAAGACGAAUUCUUGCAUUUUUGAGACCUGGACCCAUUUUAGAAUGUUUGAAAUGGGGAUAUGUGGCGAAUAUGUAGGAUGCAAAUUUUUUUUAAUUCUUCCUGAUAUUUUAGAACUGAUUUUGGCUGAUGUUAGUACUGAUACUUAAGCACCUUUCUUUCAUUGCAAAAGUACAAACUGUCUCUUUGAAGCUGUCAUCAUUUGAGGUAGUUUCAUAACAAACCAGGACUGAUCCCAUCUGACUUAGAUUGGAACUUUAUUCACUUUGUGUUCAGUGUUUCUUUACCUCAGGCCUUUUUAUUUUACAAGAUGUGAAAACCAUCUCUCACAUCAUCAAUUAAGAAACAAAUAUUUAAAGUAUAUUUGGGUCCAAAGUUGGAACCUCAAAUCAAACUUUCUUCCGACAUAUAAAAAUGGUUCCCAGCUUUUCAGAACUGCUGAUUUCUUUCCCAUGCUUGAUUAGUAAAACACUCUGAAAUGUUUUGGGUUUUUUUCUUUGCUUUUGAACUAAAUAUCUGUCUGUGAUUCUACUGUAGAACUGUAUAAUCUUUCCAGUUAAGUAGAUGCCAGUGAUUGUGGAUAAGGAAUUGAAGUCUAGGAGGAUAAUUUUAGGAUGGGGGAUUUUGGUAAUUUAUUUGGUAAUUAAAUGUGGACUGGUUCAUAUUUUUGGUCAACCUAAAGAUAGCAAGAUGGACAUACAUUUGGCGAGCAGCACAGUCAUGGUAGUACAUUUUUGCACCCUGUUGUUGUAUUUGUCAAAGUUUUGUCUUUAAUUUUAAUGGAUUUGGUUUCUGUUCUUGUGCCAUUAGCUACGAAAAAAAGCACAUAAUGUGACCUAAAAUACUGCUGUUUUUUGUUCCAGUGUUUAAUGUUUGCUUACUUGCAUGCCAAAUAUAGAUAAAAGGUGCCAAAAUGUGCAGUAUAAGGCCACUGCUGGCUGUCACCGGGGCUUGUUUGAAGUUUGAACACCAAAUUCCUAAUGACUGCUACUCUGUUCUUGUAAAAUGAGUGGUCAGGAAACACCAAAUAUCGGAGUUGUAAACACUGUCAGACAUUUUUAUUACUGAAUAUAAAGAAUAAUGAUAUUUUUACUGUUUCUAACAGGCUGCAGGAGUUGAUCAAGUUGAGGAACCUGGAGCACAAAGACAAGCCAAUGAAGAGUCUGCUGCUGGAUAUCGACUUCAGGUCUGUUUUUAAGUUUGAUGUUUUCUUAGUAAAGCUGAAUUACAGGUUGCAUAGGUUCUUGUUGGUUAGACCAUUAUAGUCCGUGACAGAGCUCCAAGUGGUUUGGCCAGAUCUGGUUCUCUGGUGUUUUCAGGAAGCGUACACAGGGGUACAACAGCUCAGUAAACUGGUGGUGAGCUCGGUCAAACACAGGCGUCACAGCGGCAGAAAACCUCUGCAGGACCGUCAUGUUGUCUGCAUCAUAAAACACCAGCUGACCUUUCUCGUAAUUCACCCACACGCCCACCUUCAUUAGUGGCGUCUGCCCCACUCCCUGGCAGGCCACAUGCCGGUCAUUGUGCCAGGCUUUAAGAUGACCGUUACGGAGCUCCACACACCAUGAGUUCCUGUUCCGGCCUAGUUUGGCGCCCUUGUCCCGCCCCUUCCUCUCCAAACAGGCAUAGGCCACGCCCACAGCCCAGGCUGAACUGCAGCGCACGUCGACCUCCCAGUAGCUCUGAGGGGCUGGGAGAGGGUAGCCCCCCAGGGCACUCCAGACUUUAUCAAACUGAAGAGGGUGCUCUGGAGAGGAAUGGGCAGAGCCCGGGAAAAUCAUGCCCCGCCCAUUUGGGGUAACCGUGAUCUCACUGUGGCAGGUCUGCCUGUCAAUCACCAUGAGAGAUGUCUCUGAAAUUAACAAGAGGAGAGAGUUUUUUAAUGAAUCUUUGAGUUUUGCUCGUUUAUAGGAGACAGAGAGGGACUGAUGGACUGUUGUGUAGAAAUUUCUGCAUGUUGUUCCAUUGAUAAAAUAUCUGUUACACUUUAAGAGUCUUUUAGUGAGAAUUAUCACCAGAAUGAAGCCAAAGCUCUCGAAGUGAAGAAUUUUGCAUGGUCCCUUUAAAAUAAUGUGAUGCAAAGGCUUAGAUACCGAUCAGAAGAGUCUUCCUCUGCAACUGAGCUUUCAGCUGUUUGGAGAUGGUUGAUAACGUCUUCAGCAGCUUCUCAAAUCUCUCCUCAUUCAGACGGAUUUCAGUUUCAGAGGCGUCCGGUUUCUUAGGACUGAGACAGAUCAAUCAAUCAAACAUUAUUUAUCAAGCGCUUUCCCUACAGGAAUGUAACUCAAAGUGCUUUACAGUCUUGUUAAAAACAAAAACAAUCAGAGAGGGAGAAGUGAGACAGAGAUCUGGUUUAGAGCUGGAACCUUGUUAUGUUACCGUGCAGUGCUUUACCUCAAACUCUCACACUGACCCUGCAGAUGAAACACAAACAGACGCUGAUUAAAAAAAGUCAGUCACUGUUUUAUUUGAGUGUAUUACCCAGCAGCUUUUGAGUCAGACCUUCUCAGUGUCCUCGUCUUUCCCCGCACCCUCGCUCAGCGCUCUCUGUAUGCUGUUGAUGCUCUUGGAGACGUGGGCCUGGUGUUCUUUCCAGUUCUUCAGAACCUGCUCCAGUCUGGUUCUGGUCUGUCUCAGGUCCAGCUCUAGACAGUCAAGGACUGCCUGCUCAUCCUGCUUCAGGAUGGAUUGCAUGCUCUCAAAGCGCUCUCGAACUUGCUGCUUCAUCAUGUCUGUACUUCUCUGCAGAGUGAAUCAUGGAGAGAAAGAUGUCAUUAUUUCUAAUUAGGGGUGUCCCGAUACGAUAUUGAUAUAAGAUAUUGGUCCAGUAUCAGCAAAAAAUCAAAUAUCAGAUUAUAUCGGCCUAAGAGUCUGAGAUGAAACCCUAUAUUUCAUCUUGGACUCUCAGAUCCUCUGACCUGUGCCUUCUGACUGUCCCUAGGUCAGUAGUUCUCAAGUCCAGUCCUCGUGCCCCCCUGUCCUGCAUGUUUUGGAUGUUUCUCUGCUCCAGCACACCUGAUUCAAAUGAUUAGCUCGUUAUUAAGCCAUUUCAGAGCUUGAUAACGAGCUGGUCAUUUGAAUCAGGUGUGUUAGAGCAGGGAAACAUCCAAAACAUGCAGGACAGUGGGGGCUCGAGGACUGGACUUGAGAACCACUGCCCUAGGUCAAGAUUAAAGUUCAGGGGUGACCGGGCUUUUUCCAUUGCUGCGUCUAAGCUCUGGAAUGCGCUUCCUCUUCAUGUCCGACUGUCCCCCUCACUGUCUGUUUUUAAAUCAAAUUUGAAAAAACACUUUUACUUCUUGGAUAUUAACUCCUUUUAACUUGGCCUUUUAAUCAUUUUUUUACCAUCUAUGUCCCCCUGUUUUUAAUGGGUUCCUGAGUCUUUGUUUUAUUGUUCUUGUAAAUUGUCUGUUUUUUAAUUUUUUACUGUACAGAACUUUGGUCAGCAUUUUGUUGUUUUUAAAUAUGCUUUAUAAAUAAACCUGGAUUGGAUUGGAUGCAUCUUAAAUCUCACAAGCAGUCCAUUCCAGACCCCACGCCAGCACCACUAUCUAGCAGCACCCAGAUCCAGCAUGUAUCUGUAGUAAUAAGGUACCAACAAAGUAGGAAGGAGUAAGAGUGUUGUCGGCUGUGUGGCAGUAUUUUUUGUUGAAGUCCAAAAUGUUGCAGCUGAGUGCAUGAAUUGUCAUGCACAAGUUUGUGCCAUUAUCAGAUCAAUAUCGGUAUCGGCCAGUAUUGAAGGCUACAAUAUCUGUAUCGUAUCGGAGGUAAAAAAAACAGUUGUAUCAGGAUAUCGCUAUUUCUAAUGUCACCAAAGACUUAAUACACUUAAAUACAGUGAAAGAGAUCAGGUCCAGGUCUCACACUCACAGAAAGGUUUGCCUUGCGUUUCUUUAGAGACUGGAUGUGAGCUUCUGUUUUUGACCUCUCUGCCUGCAGGUCCUCCAGUUGUUUGGUGAGCUGCUCCUGCAGAGUUUACAGCAGAGUUACAAUAUUUAUUAAACUUACCUUUACACUUGUCUAAAGUCUAGAAUCUUCGACUAGUUUGGCUCCAGUUUUUACCUGAGAAGGCUGUCCGGCGCUGGCCGCAUUUUUCUUUAGUUUUGGAGAACGAGGAAAAGGUUGAACGCUUCUGUCAUCAUUUGAGUCCAGAGGAGAGAAAGUGAAUUUAUCUUGUAAUAUACUGUGUGAGUCUGCAGAGGGCACCGCAAGACCACACUGUGUUGACUGUUCAAGUUCAGCGUCGGAUAUGUCUUUUUCUGCCAUUUCUGCUGACUGGAAAAGCAGAGACAAACAAGUCAAACAUAAAGCCUCAUUCACAGUUAUUUUAUUCCUUUUUAUUGUCCAAAGUUUUACUUUGUCUUUACUUUGCCUGCAGGAAAACCUGUUCCUCAGGAAAGCCAGAAAAAAACAUGUCUGUCCUGAUUCUGUGCGAAGAUUUUUUCUUUUUUUUUUUCCUUUUAGACAAACUGAAACAAAAGAGUGUUACAGCUUUUUCUAAGUUAGGCAUUUAAAUUAGCAUACUCUGCAUAUAAACAGCUGCAAAAUAUUGAGUUUUUGAGCAGCAUGGCUCCCUGUUAAGAGUGGAAUCAAAGUUGUACCUCGAUAGUAAAAGGAAGGGUAUGCAUGCAUGAAAUAAAAGUGCAUAUUCAAAUGUAGACUCUGUCUUCAGAGCAGUUUUUAAUCAUGUUUAGAAGUCCUUACCUGAGGUCUUUCUUUAGCGUGUCUGCUGUGUGUUUCUGUGAAGAAUGUGCAGAGGUGCACAGAGGGUGUGUUCUCUUGUUACAAGAACCAGCCUGCCACACACAUACACACACACUCUCACACAGCUUAUCGUUUCCUGGAUACACACUUGAGGAUUUACUGUGUGUUUGCUUAGUGUGUGUGUGCACAGUUGAUGAGUUCAGACUUGCUCUUAUUUUCCAGCCUCCAGUCUGUGCAGAAGGAAAGGUGAUUUGUCCCAAUUUGUUUCAACUAGAACUGGUAAAAUCUUUGGAGGCUGAUUCCAAGAUUUUAUUUUUAAAGAUACAAGACUGCAGAGAGAGUUAGCGAUGGUGAGAAAAAAAAACUGCCAAGUUUUGUCAAGGUGGAUUUGGUCCCAAUGAGGUGAAUCUCUCUUGUUUAGUUUCAGGAAGUUGCAGGAGAAUCAGGGUUUGAUUUUCUUUGGGCAGUCAGAGAGAAAAGUGGGUGGCAAGAAGGAGACAGGUUUGGUGAGCAGGUCGAGCUGAGUAUAAUCUCUUUACCCUUAGAUGACAAAACAGCUCAGCCCCUUAACAGAUUUAAUCAGGCAUUAUUAAAACGAGUUGAGCCUGAUCAUUUCUGACCUUCUUACAUUGCUUUUAUGGUGUUUAUAUCACUAUUUAUGUGUUUUAGUGUCUUUUUACCAAUAUUUGUCUUUGAUAGUAUGUUUUAGUCUUGUACAACACUAAAAAUUUGCUAUGAAAAUAAACGCUGACUUGACCACAUGAAUUGUUUCUGUUUCAGAUACGCUCAGUUCUACAGCCAGAAUGAGUUCUGUCACUACAACAUGUUCAAUCAUCACUUUUUUGAUGGAGAGGUAAGAGUUCAAACUCUGAUCUGUUUCAUGUGUGUAGUAACCAACUCAGUAUAGUCACGUUUCGGUGUCUUUCCUCAGGCUUCCAGGGCCGUCCUGCAGUCCUUCCUCUCAGAGGCGGAUGGGGAGAAGGUGGUGAUGGUGGCCGAUCCUCCAUUUGGUGGUCUGGUGAAGCCUUUAGCCAACAGUUUCUCUCUGAUCUCACAGAUGUGGAGGAAACAGCAGAGUCCUGGUCGGUGUUAAUGUGCUGUUUAUUAUCCAUUUUUUAUGAGGCUUUUCUGUAUAAAUCAGUUUGAAUUAAAGCAAACAUCCAUAUCUUUGUUGCUGCAGACAGCAGCAUCACUGAGCUGCUCAUGAUGUGGAUCUUUCCGUACUUCUUUGAGCCUCGCAUCCUGGAGUGUCUCCCCUCGCUGACCAUGCUGGACUACCAGGUACCACUGAUGUUGAAUAACAUUUGGUGGACGUAAUUAACAUAUAAAGAAUAACUGAUACAUAUUUAAGGCUCUCAGAACAUUAUGGUAUUUUUCUUGGAUGAUCCAGGUGGACUAUGACAACCAUCCUCUGUACAAACACGGGAAGACGGGCAGGAAGCAGUCUCCUGUCAGACUCUUCACCAAUAUUUCACCAAAAAGUGUCGUCCUACCUAAAGAGGAGGGUUACAGGUACAAACACACUCACAAAUACAAUCAGGUCAGCACAUAGGGGAGUCUGUCAGGAACACAUAAUGACCUGUGGGUGUUCUGCAUGUUUAGGUCCACUCUAUAAGGAAGGAAGCUAAACCUGCAGGUUUAUUUAUAUUGAAAGGUUGGUUUGGCUGUGUUAAAAGUAACACCCCUGGCUCUUAAAGAAAAUAGGAAUAGACUCAUUGGUUUGGAUUGUAUAACACCCAGAUUGUGCGCUGUUCAACUAGCAAAACACAACCCAAAAAUGGCCGCCUUUCUUAGCAGCAUUUACUGUUUAGACUUUAUGCUUUAAUCCCCAAAAAUGGGACAUUUAAGCCUCAUUUUAACAACUUUUUUUCACUUGUUCAACCUGCUUAUUCAGCCCUUUUCUAACUAAACAUACAACCAAUAUAAACACAAACAAUAAUGUUUGUUUUUCAACAUGUAGUGUUGACAGAUUUAGGAGCUGAUACUUGAAUCUUAUGUUUUGUGUUAAAGCUCUUGUAUCUCUUUCUCCUGACAGAUUUUGCUCCGUGUGUCAGAGAUUUGUCUGGUCUCUGAACAAACACUGCUCUAAAUGCAACGUCUGCCCAUCAAAAGUAAGAAACCACCACCAAAGGCGUUUAUCUCUGUAAAAUAACAGGAUAUGACGCUCCUUUUUUUCUCUCUUAUUGUGUUCAGGACGGCAGAGAGUGGAAGCACUGCUCGACGUGUGAGAAAUGUGUCAAACCAUGUACGUAAAUAUGCAAACAGAUACAGGGGAAGGAUGUAGAUCUGCAUGUGGAUGUUUGCACUCAUUACGGUUAUCUUUCUCCUUUAAGCCUGGAGACACUGUCAGUCCUGUAGCCGCUGCGCCCUCCCAGAUCAUCCUUGUGGGCAGAGUCAGGGGAAGCAGGGCUGCUUUAACUGCGGCAGCCUGGAGCACAAACGGAAAGCCUGUCCCGUCAAAGACCAACACAGGAGCAGCAGGUGAGCUCAGAGAGCGAGCUCUGCCUCGGGUUCAGUCUUUAUUCACCUCAUUAACAUGCCUUAAUGAGUCACGAUUUACAUGCCUGGACUUUUUUUUCUGCUCUCUGUCUCUCCUCAGUCAAAGAUUUAAAGGCAAAAAAGGAGGAAAAAAUGUUCCCCAGCGCCCUGCCUUCAAACCGAAAUCCAAGAGGAAGUCUGGAGCAGCUCGCAGGGCCAAGAAGAUGGCCGCUCAGUCUGUGUGACCUCUCAAUCACCCUGAAUCUGGUUAGAGCUCCAAACAUAAUCACUGGGUUUGGAUUUUUAAGUAUCUGUUGCAGUGGAAUAAAAUAAGAAAAUGGGAAA